UUAUUAAUACCAGUUUGAAAUUUAAUACCAGUUUAAAGUAUAAAAUGUCGGUGCCGGUUGUGACGGUGGCCACGAAGCCGUUUGAGGGCCAGAAGCCCGGCACCAGCGGCCUCAGGAAAGCCGUCAAAGUCUUCCAGCAGGAGCACUACACGGAGAACUUCAUACACUGUGUGCUGGAGGCGGGCAAGACGGUGGGGCAGACGCUGGUGGUGGGCGGUGACGGCCGCUACUACGGGGAGGAGGUGGUGGCCACCAUCAUCAGGAUGGCGGCCGCUCAUGGGGUGGCUAAGCUGGUAGUGGCCAAGGCCGGCAUCAUGUCCACGCCAGCCGUGUCGGCCAUCAUCAGGGAGCGAGGCCUGUGUGGUGGUAUCGUGCUCACGGCCUCACACAACCCCGGGGGCCCCGACGCAGACUUCGGCAUCAAGUACAACUGCAGCAACGGAGGGCCGGCGCCGGACCACGUCACCAACGCUAUGUAUGGUCUCACCACACAGAUCUCGCAAUACAAGAUCUGCCCCAGCCUCGUGUGUGAUAUACACAUCAUACAGACGUCUGUGUUCCAGGUGGACGGCGUGGGGGACUUCACCGUCGAGGUGGUGGACGGCGUGGACGGCUACGUGCGCCUCAUGAAGUCCAUCUUCGACUUCCCCGCCAUCGCGGCCUUCAUCAAGUCCUUCCCCGUCCUCAUGGACUCCUUGAACGGGGUGACGGGUCCCUACGUGGAGCGCAUCUUCCUGGGGGAGUUGGGUGCUCCCCCGUCCAGCGUGCGCAACACGAAGCCUCUCCCAGACUUCGGGGGACUUCACCCAGACCCCAACCUCACCUACGCCGCGGACUUGGUGGCCACCAUGCGGGGGACUGACCUGUACAAGAUGGGGGCGGCGUUUGAUGGGGACGGGGACCGCAACAUGAUCCUGGGCGAGCGCGGUUUCUUCGUGACGCCCUGCGACUCCGUGGCCGUCAUCGCCAACAACGCCUCCUGCAUCCCCUACUUCAGGGGGGGCGUGGGGGGCCUGGCCCGCUCCAUGCCCACCAGCUGCGCCCUCGACAGGGUGGCGGCGGCCCUGAAGGUGGAGAUGUUCGAGGUGCCCACAGGCUGGAAGUACUUUGGCAACCUCAUGGACGCGGGGAGACUGGCCAUAUGUGGGGAGGAGAGCUUUGGGUACAGUCUACCCUCAGGAAGAGUCUACCCUCAGGUACAGUCUACCCUCAGGUACAGUCUACCCUCAGGUACAGUGUACCCCCAUCAUCUACCCUCGUCUACCCUCACCUACCCUCAUCAUCUACCCCCAUCAUCUACUCCCAUCAUCUACCCUCAUCAUCUACCCCAUCCUCUACCCCAUCAUCUACCCUCAUCUACCCCUAUAUCUACCAUCACCUACUCUCAUCAUCUACCAUCAUCUACCCUCAGGUAUGACUACGAGAACUGCGCGGCUGAGCCCUGCGGUGCCAUGGUUGCCAGGCUGCGGGGUUUGGUUGACGGCGUUGACGGGGGGUUGACGGGCAAGUCCUUCGUUGACGGGGAGAAGUCCUACACUGUUGACAGGGCGGACGACUUCAGCUACACUGACCCUAUUGACGGCAGUGUUGCCACACAGCAGGGCAUACGGGUCAUCAUGACGGACGGGUCCCGUAUCGUGUACCGUCUGUCUGGGACGGGCAGCAGCGGGGCGACGGUCCGACUGUACGUCGAGAGCUACGAGAGAUACGAGGACGGGCAAGAGGACCGUUACUUAACCGACAGUCAGACCGUCCUCCGCCCGUUACUCAAUAUUGCGCUUAAUAUUGCUCAGUUGAAGCAAUACACGGGCCGAGACGGGCCGACUGUCGUCACUUAAACGGGCCAGUCUACUGGAACGGGCCAACUGUUGUCGCCGUUUUUCUGUGUUUUUCGAACAAAAUCAA